GAACAUCGCUGCUUAAAAGCUGAAUCGCUUCACUAGCUCUCAAUUUCAGCCUCGGUAAAAUAUGUCUGGUGGUUUGCUCUCAGUGGUCGGUCUGCUGUGUCUGCUGUCCGUUUGCUCGGCCUGUUACAUCUCUAACUGCCCCAUCGGAGGAAAACGAGCCGUACAGGAUUGGCCAUCUCGACAGUGCAUGACAUGUGGUCCUGGCGAUCGUGGUCGGUGUUUUGGUCCCAGUAUCUGCUGUGGUGAAGGUAUCGGCUGCUUGGUUGGCUCUCCAGAAACACUCCGCUGUCUGGAGGAAGAUUUUCUUCCUUCUCCGUGUGAAGCACCUGGAAAAGCUUGUGGUUAUGAGGGACGCUGCGCUGCUCCCGGGGUCUGCUGUGACUCAGAGGGCUGCAGUAUGGAUCAGUCGUGUGUGGAUGGAGACGCUGACGGUCCAGCCCCAGCUCCACCUGCCAGCAGCCAAGAUCUUCUGCUAAAGCUGCUACACCUGUCAAACCACGCCCACCCCUACAGACUCCACCAAUGAAACGCUCACA